AUGGGUGCCCAAAAUCCAAAUUUGAUCACUUUCGUCAUCAUUAUGAUGUUCAAUCUUGCACAUCUAGCUUUCACAGAAGACUUGUCAUUCACUUUUGAGAGAUUUGUCGAUGAAGAUCAUGAGAAGUUCCUGAGUUUCAGGGGCAACUCAUCAAUUUAUCUUGAAGCUCUUCAACUUACUCCUGAGACUCCUAAUGAUGCUCAUACUUGGAAACAAAAAAAUGCAUCUGGCCGCAUCAUGUAUCGAAAACCUUUCAGGUUUUGGAUGGAUGAUGGCAAAGGUGAUAACGGAGAUGGCAGACUGGCCUCCUUCAGCACCACAUUUGUCAUUAACAUUUACAGAGAGAAAGAUUGGGAGCCUGGUCAUGGCUUGGCUUUUCUUAUAGCUCCAAAUGUUAGCAUACCCGAAGCAAGUUACGGGCAAUGGCUUGGCCUGACCAAUGCCUCCACUGAUGGAAACCAUGCUAACCACAUUGUGGCUAUAGAGUUUGACACAGAUGAUCCAGAAAACAACCAUAUUGGGCUUAAUAUCAACUCCAUUCGAUCAAAAAAUGCUAUCCCUCUAAUCAAACAUAAUAUCACACUCUCUCCUGAUCCACCAGGAGUUAACUACACCGUGUGGGUUGAUUAUAACGGCACCUCCAAGCUGAUGGAGGUGUACAUGGUGAAAGAAGGAAAUCCUAAGCCCCAAGGCCCUCUUUUAAACGAGACUAUCAACCUCAAAGAGUUCCUGAAACAAGAAUCCUACUUCGGGUUUGCUGCUUCCACUGGCGAUCCACAUAUUGAAUUAAACUGUGUUCUGAAAUGGAGCUUACAGAUAAAUAAUCAACUAGACGAGAAAAAUGAUGCGAAAUGGUGGAAGAUUGGCGCUGGGGUUUGUGUCUCAGUUUUGACAAUAAUUUUUAUAUUUGUGGUAUGUGGAGUAGUCUUUGUAAGGAAAAAGAGAUCGAAAGCAAGACUAGAGGAGACCAGUGAUGAGUUUGGUACCUACAUCUUGAAAUGGUUGCCUGGUAUGCCAAGGGAGUUCAAGUACAAGGAGUUGAAGAAGGCGACCAACAAUUUCCACGAGAGUAUGAAGCUCGGGGAAGGUGGAUUUGGGGUUGUUUAUAAAGGCAUCCUACUCCUCCAUGAUGAGGCUGAUGAUGGUAAUCCUGCUGCUGCUACAGCUACUGAAAUUGCUGUCAAGAAAUUCUCCGGAGACAGCAUGAAAAGCAAAGAUGAUUUCUUGGCCGAGCUAACCAUCAUUCAUCAUCUUCGCCACAAAAAUCUCGUCCGCUUAGUUGGGUGGUGCUAUGAGAAAGGGAAGCUUCUUUUAGUUUAUGAUUUCAUGCCUAAUGGUAGCCUGGAGAAGCAUCUAUACAAGGCUCCAGAGCAGGACACUCUAAAUUGGAAUCGUCGCUACAAGAUACUGGCAGGGGUUGCAUCAGCAUUACAUUACCUGCACAACGAGUAUGAUAAGAAGGUCGUCCAUAGAGACCUCAAAGCGAGCAAUAUCCUACUUGAUGUGGACUUCAAUGCUCGACUUGGUGACUUUGGCCUUGCUCGAGCCUUGGAAAAUGAAAAGAAUUCAUAUAAUGAGCUUGGGUUAGGUGGAGUUCCAGGUACCUUGGGUUAUGUUGCUCCUGAAUGCUUCCACACAGGGAGGGCUACCCUCGAAUCUGAUGUGUUUGGUUUUGGAGUAGUGGUUCUUGAGGUUGUUUGUGGUAAAGGUCCUGGGACCAAGAUCCAUCACAACCAGCAUCUUUAUUCUUUGGUUGAUUGGGUCUGGACCUUAUAUCGUGAGGGAUGCAUACUAGAAGCUGUGGAUGAAAACCUUGGAAAUGAUUUUGAGCAUGACGAAGCAAAUAGACUUUUACUUCUGGGGUUGGCGUGUUCUCAUCCCAUUGAUAGUGAAAGGCCUAAAACAGAAGCCAUAAUCCAGAUCAUAUCCGGAACUUUGCCACUGCCUCGCAUACCUCCAUUUAAGCCUGCCUUCACAUGGCCUUCCAUCAGAACCAUUGACAGCACAACUGGUUCACUCUCCAGCAUCGCAUCAUCUUCUCAAAAUUAUGCCAGAACACAAAGUGUAAUAAAAUUGCAGAGGACUCCAUCAAGUCUCCCGGUUUAG